AUGAUAACACAAACUCAGGGAUCAUACCGAGAGACACGUGAGCCACGCAAAACGAGUCGCUGGGAAGAGACAGACACUGCCAUGCGAACUUCUGACCCCCGGGUCCACACAAGGCAGUCCUGUUACAGUGAUGGGGAGACACAGUUUCCAGCAGCAUUCGCUGUCACGAACCUCCGCCGGCGCAGGGCAGGGCCGGAGCUGGGCAGACACACACCUGUUUCUGAGCAGGACCGCGUGGAGCACGCACCACUUUGCACCCCAGACUUGUGCGGACACGACACGGCCGCCGGUCGCUCCAGCCCCUGCACAGGCCCUGCCCGCCGGGUCCCCCUCCGCGCCCGGCACGGCCCCGCGCAGAGCGCAGAGCGCAGGCGCGGCGGGGCGGGCGCGGGGGCGGGUUUGAACGGUGGCGGGCGUCGGAGCCUCCCGGGGUGCGGCGCCAAUGGAGCCCGUUCUGACAGAGAGGCUGCAGUCGCGGCCGGCCGUGGCGGGGGGACAGGGCUCCCCCUCAGGUCGCUCUGGCUCGCCGCAAACCCGCCCGGUCCCGGCGGCGGGGCCCGGCCGUUCCGGGGCAGGCGGGCCGUGCCCAGCAGGCCCAGCGUGAGUGUGAGGUGCCGGGACGGGCCGGACCCGCCUCGCUCGGGCUGCCCCGCUGGGGUGGCUCCCGGUACUGCGUGGCUCGGAGCCGCCAUCCGCUCUUCCUGCUCCGGUGUUUCUGCAUUUGUAGAAGUUUGGUCAUCUAACAGAACAGAAAAUUACUCAAAAACCUUUGAACAGCAACUUCUUGAUAUGGGAGCCAAAGUCUCAAAAACUUUGAACAAACACGUGACCCAUGUAGUCUUCAAGGAUGGACGUUUGACUACAUGGAAAAAAGCACAGAAGAUGGGCGUAAAAACAGUUUCUGUACUUUGGGUGGAAAAGUGUCAAGAAACUGGAGUACAUGUUGAUGAGUCCUUAUUUCCUCCACUGAACACUAGUGAAGGAUUUCCACUACUGAUCAAAAAACACAAAUGUAUGCAGCCAAAAGAUUUUGUUGAAAAAACUCCAGAAAAUGAUAGAAAGCUUCAGAGAAGACUGGACCAGAUGGCUAAAGAUUUAGCAAUACAAAAGACAACAAUUAAUGCUGAAACGGAUGUACCAGUUUUACUAUUUGAAGACAAUGGUUCACUUAUAUACAGCCCUGUUAAUAAGAUGAAAGAUCAAUGCAAUGCAAUUGAAAGAGGAAUGAAGGAUAUGAAGAAAAAAAGAAAAAAUCUUUCUCCUACUGGAGAACAAAUCGAAGACUGCUUGAACUCAAGUUAUGAUUAUCUUUGGGGAACUGAGAAAUUAAAGAGACAGAAAACAGAGGUAGUAGAACACUCCUGUGAUACUUGGACUGAUAGUCUUGUAUCCACAAGUGCAUCAGUGAAUUCUUCAUCACAGGGCAAUGAGCAAAAAAGCUUAACACCAAAACGACAUACCAGAGGUAGUUUAACAAAGAAACAGAUUAUACAGCACACUUUGGAUGACAAAUUGUCUUUAGAAAAGAAACAACCAAAGUUUCCAAAGAAAAAUCAGAAGAAUGAAAAGAGCAAGACUACUUCAAUUGCAAAUGAAAGUUCUCUUCUCGGGGACUUCGAUCAUAUUACUCCUUCCAAAAAAUUAGUGCAGCUAAAUACUGUUCCUUCUUUGAUUGACAGUCUCUCUAAUUCACCUAUGAAUAGUGAAGACUUAAAUAUGUGUUCACUGGAUAAAAGCUUCCCUGUUGACAAAAAUGAUAGUAUUCUUGAAGUCAAGAAGAGGAAGAAACUACAACCAUUACCUAAUUUGAAGUUGUUUACCUCAGAACUGAGUGCAUCAGGGUCUAAAGGGCUCUUGCAAGCAGUUACUACAUAUACCAAGUCGUAUUGUACUGAAGAGGCUUCUUAUGAAGACUUCUUUUCAUCAUCUAAUUUAAAUGAAAAUCAGGUACAGAUAAGAGUGCCAGAUGAAUCACAGAGUCGUCCUGAAGUUUGUUGCAAAGACUCUUUUACCAGCAGGGACUUCUGUCAUGUGAGUUUCUCUAAGCCACAUAAUACUACCAAGAAACAUAGGAAAAAGUCUAUUUCAGUGCAUGAUUUUCCAGUAAAGAAAAAAUUCGAACCAGCUAAACUUCCUGGAAACAUGCCAUUAAAUAUAUCAGGUGGCACUGCAGAGGCUCUAGAUUCUGGUGAUGUGAAUAGGCUGCCUCAGCAUGCUCAUGGAAAGUCCUACAGAAACAAUGUGAAUUACUGUGCUCAUACUACUGGUGAUGAAAAUGAAGUUUCAGAGUGUCAUGUUACUGAUGGCUCUUACAAAGUUUUUAAUGAAUGAAAGAAUAAAUGCAAUGGAGGAUUAAGAAAAGCUAGAAGACUCCGAACGGCAUGCUUAUUGUACUCUUAACAUGGAAGACUUCUAAUCAAAUUUAUCUAAAAUUGUAUUGUCAACAAACAAAAGCCAUGAAGACAGAGCAGUUUAUAAUGACGGCUGCAGACAUGUUGGGGGAAGAUAAGUAAGAUUGUCAGGAAUCUUUAACGGCUUCAGGAAGAAGCUUUCCGGAUUUAAAACACUACCACCCCAAAACCAGGACUUUUGGUGUGUUCAAAGGCAGUGCAUAAAGAUAAAUUUAUAGAGUUGACUCUUAGUUUUGAGAGACAGCAACACUUCAAUGAGGAUAGUUUCAGAUUCUUCUCCUGCAGUGUUAAGGCUAAACACUGUCAAUUAAUGUCUGUGAAUGUCAUCAGGAGUCUUCCCUGCUCUAGAAAUUUAAGUUGAUGAUACUGGAUUUUAUGGAUAAAAUAAACCUUUUAUGUAUUGUGA